AUGUUACGUAAAUUAGUUGCGGAGGACAAGUAUCUAACGACAGUGAAUGGGAAGACUUUUGACUUGACAUACAUACUUCCGAAUUUAGUUGCUAUGGGUAUCCCUGCUACGGGGAUCACUUCACAAUGGAGAAAUUCAAGGGAUGAAAUAGCAAAGUAUCUCAAUACACACCACCCAAGUCACUACAUGAUUUGGAAUUUAACGGAAACUUCGUACGACGCGACUGGAUUUUUCGAUCGAGUCAGACAUGUUGGGUUUCUUGAUCACCAUCCACCUCGCUUUAACAACUUGCUUAAAAUUGUCUCUGACAUUGUUUCCUUCUUAAAAAGUGACACAUCCAACGUUGCUUGUGUUCAUUGUCGAGCGGGUCGUGGUCGGACUGGUUUGGUUUGUUCGUGUGUUGUUAUGGCGUUAGGGUUAUACAGUAACGCCACUGAAGCGCUGGAGUUCUUUGCGAAGAAGCGCUCGAAGAUAUCGAAAGGGUCGACAUCCCCGCCUCAGAUUAGGUAUUCGUUCUACUUCUCUUAUAUCCUUCAAGUUCUCAGAGAGACUCAAAGUGAGGGAGAGAUAGAGGUACAUACUCCAUUAGUACCUAUUCCUGAUUUUAAAGUACUUUUGAAAUCAGUUCUUAUCACGGGGUUCUCACCUGUCAUAUCUCUGACGGAUUUUUCUGAUUAUAUUAAACCGGUAUUAUACUUUGCUCCACUCUCACAAACAGAUCCAAAAAUAUUGCUCAGUAGAUUCCCACAAGUUUGCACAAAAAUACAAAAAGGGAUGUACUCAAUCACUUUUGAUGAAAGACAAAUAGUUAAUGAUACUAUUGUGGUGGUGGCGGCCGCGACUAAACAAAGCGUCAUCGUUUUGGGAAAAAUUGUGAUGAAUGCAUUUUUCAUUGAUGAAGGGAAACACUAUCUCAUGCAGAUUGACAAAAUGAUGGAUCCGACAGAAGGAUCAAAUUUAAAUAAAUACGCACUUCCUCCUGAUUUUUCGUUGAAAUUCACGUUCAGAAGAUUUGACGGAAACGAAAAGGAAAGUGUUGAAAAACAUAAGGAAAUUGUCAAAAAAGUCAGAGAGACGCCACUCGACGAAAUGGAAAAUAACUCCCCACCACCACUCCCUUCUAAAAAUCAACAGCCCAAGGUCGAGCUUUUUAAUUUUGACGAACUUAAAAUCGAACCAUUACAACAAAUUGUGGACGAAAAACAAAAUGAAGAAAAAAACGAAAAUAUCGAAAGUGAUAAAUGCCAGAACGGUGAACCGAAAAAAGAACCACCUCCAAUCCCAAAACGAAGAGACUCUGCUCACGAAAGUCAAACUCCUUUCGUCGACAAGAAUUUUCAAGUUGAAAAUCCAAAUACUGGAAAUCAAUUUUCAUUUCUUUAA